AAAGAGGAGAAACUGGCUAUCUUAAUCCACCUCUCACAACGUAUGGUGAUUUCGGAAGAGGUGGUGAGGCAGCUGGGCGUCAGGUGUGACGACGAGCUGGUGCUGGAGCUGGAGAAAGCCCUGCAUGGGCUGAAGCACGCAGGGCGCCUGUGGAACAAACUAUUGGACAAGAAGUUAGUGGAGAUCGGU